AUCACUCUUUCUGUAUGUUUAUAAAUGUUUAAGUGUUUAAUGUCUAUGUUUUGUCAGAUGAGAAUUGUAAUAAACAUACAUAUGAGAAUAUGUAAUAAACCGAAUUCAACUAGGAAAAGGAUUUUAAUUGAAAUUGUAAAAGCAAAUAAAUCCUAAUUCCUCUAGGAAAGAGAAAACAACAUAAAAUAUUAAAAUAUUCUAUUCUCCCUUAACCAAUCUGCAUUAAUCCGACUGCCACUAGGAAUCCAAAAUCCUUAUCAAUAUAUAUAUAACCCUCUCACUAUGUAAUAGACAUUGUAAUAAGAGUUUGAAAGAGAGUUGCAGUAGUUAUUAAGGGGUUGGGUUAUUCUUUGCUAGAGAGAACAAUGGUGAGGGAAAGAAAGUGCUCCCAAUGUGGCCUCACUGGCCACAACUUUAAGAAUUGCACCAGCUCUGUUAUUAGCAAUUCUGCCAAUAAUAACACUAACGCAGCUGCGUGCAUCAAAAUUUUUGGUGUUUAUUUACAGAAUAAUGUUAAUGGCAACGUCGAGAACAACAAGAGUAAAGUUGUUAGAGAGCCAAGCAUUGCUGUUGAUCAGAAACCGAAAGGGAAGCGAUGGACUGAGGAAGAGCACAAAUUAUUUCUAAUUGGUCUAAACCAGCUUGGGAAACAUGAUUGGAAAGAAAUUUCACAGAAGUUUGUGAUCACCAAAACCCCAGCCCAGGUUGCUAGUCAUGCACAGAAAUAUUUCUUGAGACAGGCUGAAACUAAUAAGAUGAAACGUAGACCGAGUGUGUUUGACUUGACUCUGCAGAAUGAAGCGGAAAUCUCUCCGUCUGCUCCUAAGGAUUGCCAAGUUUCACAAACUAAGAAAAGUGAUGCUGAAAGCAGCUCUGAAUCUUUGGCAUUGGACAUUCCACCACUUGCUCAAAUUCCAGCCUCUGUAUGUGGUGUUCCAAGUUAUUGUCAGAUUCCUUCCAUGGUGGGAAUGCCUGGCAGUGCACUGUUCAUCCCAAACCCAAUGGUGAAUUUUGCCAGCCAAAGUUAUUUGUGCUGGUUGCCUGGAACCCAGCAGAAUUUUUGUACUUGUGCUUCUGAUAUUAUCGAUCCAUCCAAUAUUCCUUCACCACCAUCUUUCUGUCGCAAUCUAUCUGAUUUAGGCAAUAGGCUUUCAUCAAUUGCUAGAGAUGUUGAAGAGCUUACAAUAGGACAGCCACAGACCUCCCGAGGAAUAAAUGUAUCAACUCAAACAUCUGGAGCUAUUGGAGUGACUUGAAAAUUUUUGAUGAGUUGAAGCUUGAUUUUUGCAUUUUGAUUUAUCAGUUAAAAGGCUAUAAAUUUUUCCCCCUUGCAUAUAAAAUAGGGGGCUGAAGGCUUGAGUCAGAAAAAAGUUAGAAGGCAAUUUAUUCUUUACUAUUUAGUGUACUUUGAGAUAUUUUACCCUAUCUGGAUUCUUAUCUUUUUCCUUAUAAGUAAUUAAUAAAUCUGCGACAAAUUCACCAAAUUCUAUCUA